AUGACGGUGGACGAGAUGAUUGGCUUCAAAAAGGCCAUCGUUGACUCGGCCGCCCAGGCUAACGGAGUCGAGUUCUUCAAUUUUUCGGAGCGGGCAUGGGGAAAGUGCCUGGGAGCCCUGAACAUCGCCGAUGAGCCCAUCUGGCUGGGCGAGAGGCGGCCACCGCCGUACGCGGUGAUCUCGAGCCAGGUGGACGACCCCAACGGAAACGCUCAUGCUCCCGAUCCAGCGAAGCCUGUCGUGAUAGUGAUUGGAGAGAAAAUUCGGGAGUAUCGCCAUCCCAUUGCCUCCGGCAAGCCGUCGAUUAUCUUUGUGGUUCUGGCGGUGAUUUGCGCCAUAGUGGCGGUGAUUCUCGCACACACUCAGGGAUACUGUGUGAACGGAAACGAGCCUUCCACGGGCCUGGCUGAUUGGAGCGAAGUCAUUCUCAAGAUGCAGCAGCUCGAAGGAUCGGACCGCAUCUUGACGGCGAUAGACCCCGGGGAGGAACCUCUGUACGUCCUCAUGGAGGUGCUGAUGGACGACCGCAAGAUUUGGACGGAAACCUCCGAGGAGGCCCAGCAGGAAGUACCACCAGGGGAAAACGCUGCGACAAUCGGAAAGGAUCCUGCCAACAAGGGAAUUGAUCGCCCUCAAGUUCCGGAUAAACCAGCGACUCGGUCUGCCGGCACACAAACGAGUGGCUCCACCACCAUACCCGAUGAUGGAUCUUCGCGAAACAAAUCAAUCUCUAGGGAGCACGGAGGAGCCGACCAGCUCCCCCUCCACUGGCGAUCCCGAAAUCAAAUCCAAUUUGCCGGACACGUCACGAGGCUCAAAAACUGCGACAACCAAAGAGGCGGCCGCAACAACGGGAACGGGUUGGCCGAAGAUUCUGACGGAACCAACGACACGACGUGCCGACACACAAACGAGCUCCACUACCACACCAAACAGUAUUCCGUCGCUAACGGGGCAAUCUCUAGGAAACACGGAGGAGCGGACAAGCCCCUCCUUCGCCGGCGAUGA